AGCGCAGGACCGGAGGCGGAGGGCACCCCAUCCGCGCGCCUCCGGGGACGCUGCCUCUCGACGAGUCCCCCGACCCUCCAUAUUUCGUUGCCCGCCUGCCGGAUCUCUUAAAGGCCACCUCUGCCCCUCCCUCCCGCCCGCGCCGGGCCCGCCAUGGAGCCGCCGGGUUGGGCCUUCCUCCUUCUCGCCCUCCUGGUGCCCCCGCGCGCCGCCGUGUCGGCGGCACUCCCCGCCAGGCACGUGAUGCUGGUGCAGCGGUCCAUCCGAGUCCAGGCGGCCCCCGUCCGCAACAUCAGCCAGGUAUCGAACAUCACUGGCCUGCAGGCCAACUCAUCGCAAACUUCUAGCCACCAAGCCAGCGAGGCGUGGCGGAGGCGCAUCGAGGCCGGGGCCGAGCCCGGGAGCGUCGAGCGGUCCUUCGUGGCCUCCCUCGGCGAGCAGAUCGAAGAGGAGCUGCUGCUCGAGCUGCACUCGAGCGACACUGCCGCACUCCGCAGCAAGGUCUUGCUCACAGUCGUGGAGAUGCUCGGCUUCGGCAUCUGCGGCGUGGACCGGUGCCUGAUGGGCCAGGGCUGCCUCGGCGUCCUCAAGGGCGUCACGGCGGGCGGCCUCCUCGUCUGGGCGCUGCUGGACUUCGUGCUGGUGGUCGCGUGCAGCCUCUCGUUCUCGGAUCAUCUGAAGGGCUUGGGCUACAAUGUCACUUUCGAGAGCAGCACCGUCACCGCGUCGUUCUGGCUGUGCCUGGUGCUGCUCGUGGCCCAGCUGCUGUCCGCCUGCCGCCUGUGGAGGAACAUGUCCGACAGAUACGCCGACGUCGAGAGCGAGCAGGAGGCUGCGAAGCCCGAGGCCUGCAAAUGCGCCGUGCACCCUCGUCGCCGAUCAUGGGCAGCAGGGUCAGGAUUCGGCAAGCAUGCUGCCACAACACAGGCUCUGGACCGCUUCUCUUAACACCACACGUAGGCG